AUGAUCAAUAACAUCGCUGCAUCAUUGUUGGCGUGGAAAAAUGCCGGAUCGCAACACCUGCGUACUCAUCCUCCAGCCAUCGCAGCAGACUUAAAAGCAAUUGUGACCCGUACCGCUGCUAGAGUUAUUGCUGGUCUUCUAGUUUUCAAGCAGUCAUAUACUACUCCACAAACCGAUGCUAUUGCAAAGACAGGCUCUCUGCCUGCUCCGGCAACUACCUUAUCCUACGCCAAAAUUUCUGAAAUAGGCUUGCCUUCCCCAGAUCUACAAUUCAAGGUUGCAAAAAAAGCUAGACCUACGGUACUAAAAUCCAGAGUUGAUUCGAGAGUCAUGGUCCGCUUAGAACUGGACCACUUCCUUCGGCACGAAAACGCUCUUCUCCUCCGUAUGAAGCUAAGAAGUCUCUUGGAAUGUCCAGAGCUUAUCGAGGACAACCGCUGGGUACCAUCUGGCAUCGUCUUCGCAGCUCCCUCUCUAGGCCAGGCUCUAGAACUCCUUCUGUUAAAGAUUUAA